AUUUAUUUAUUUAUAAUACUAACGUAGUACCACCGGAUGGCAAGUGAAAUUCAUUGUUAAAAUUACUUCAGUAGAUGAACAGGAGAGGGAUUAGUGUCGUGCAUGACCUAAAGCAAGUGUUAGAAACAUACGUUUGAAUAGGUUUAACAUUUUAAUGCGGAAGUUCUAUAUCAAAACAUAUUGGAUCUUUAAAAUAUAAUUAUUUAUUCCUGGAUACAUUUUCUACCCUUGGUUUCUUCGUCCAUCUUAAAAUCGUAUCUUCAAACGACUAUGUCGUUAACGGUUCAACAAAUUAUAUUGGAUGCUAAAAAAUUAGUUAUAAGAAUAUCAGAUCAUGAAAGUGCUGCUGAUAAUUUAAUUAGCGAUAUGGAAUCUGUUCAUAGUCAGAUUGAUAAUAUGAAACAGUAUCAAGAAGAAGUUGAUAUAUUAAAUACCGAAGCUAAACAAACACCUCAUGUACAACUUAUUGCCGAUUUACAACGUGAUAAUAGGCAUUUGCUUGAAAUUAAUGCCGAAAAUAAAGAAUUAAAAAAUGCUUUGGAAGAUCAUCAAAACGCGCUUGAAUUAAUAAUGUCCAAGUAUAGACAACAAAUAGCUUCAUUGAUGCGUAUCAGUAAAACAGAUACUUCAUCUUUGCAUAAUACCAAAUAUGCCAACAUAAUAACAAGGCAAGCAGAAAAAAUAAAUGAAAUGGCAGCUGUAAUGAGAACAGCUGCUUCGUUAGACGAAGAGAAAGAAUGCAAAGAAAUGGAAGCGUUUCAUUGCUUGAAAAAAGAGAAUGAUGGUUUGCGAGAAGUUCUUAAUAUCGCUUAUAAAUUUGGUUCUUUAGACAAAAACAUUUCAGUUGAAAAGAAGGAAAAUAAAACAGUACAAACGGAUCCGUUAUAACUUUCAACUUUUAGACAUUUUUUUUGUAUACAGAUUGCACAGUAUUCGUUUUAUACUACAAAU